AGAAGAAGAGUGUUUAUUUCCGGAAACAGAGCGCAUGGCUGCAUGUCAGAGGUUUGGAUCAUGGCUCAGUCAAACUCACUAAAAGCGAGUGUCCCGUCGUAUUUAAAAGACGCACAGUUGAUUAAACAAGGCGCAGAAGCUCGUGUCUAUCGAGGUACGUUUUUGGGGCGGUCCGUCAUUAUUAAAGAGAGAUUCCCAAAAUUAUAUCGCCACCCUGAAGUCGAUGAGAAACUGACGCGCCGCAGAACCACGCAGGAGGUGCGAUCCAUUCUGCGCUGCAGGAGAGCAGGUAUCAACGCACCUGUUGUGUAUUUCGUUGACUACACCACGCAUUGUAUUUUCCUGGAGGAUAUUAUUCACUCUGUGUCGGUCAGAGACCACAUUGCAUCAGAACAAAACCCACAGCGCCUCCAGGCUCUAGCAGACAAGAUCGGUGAAGUCCUGGCUCAGAUGCAUGACGAAGAUGUCAUCCAUGGUGAUCUCACCACCUCCAACAUGCUUCUGAUCACCGGAGCUGACCAGCAACAUAUUCACCUGGUUCUGAUUGACUUUGGCUUGAGUUACAUUUCUGCGCUAGCAGAAGAUAAAGGAGUUGACCUGUAUGUGUUGGAGAAAGCUUUUCUCAGCACUCACCCCAAAACAGAGACUUUGUUUGAGAGACUUCUGAAAAGUUACACGGCUUCAUCUAAAAAGUCCUCGGCAGUCAUCAAGAAACUGGACGAGGUUCGGUUGAGAGGACGGAAGAGGUCUAUGGUUGGAUAAAGCAUAGUACACAAUAUAUUUUUGCGUCACAUGCUUUUUCUUUUUUUUUUCUUUUUAUUUGAGCUUUAGUAUACAAAUAUAAUGUAAUAAAUGGUUUAAACUCAAAUGAUCAAUUCAUAAUAGACAAAUGUACACCCUUGACUGAAGACACCAACAUUUACACAUGGAAAGCUUCUGAUUUUUUUUUUUUUUUUUUUUUUUUUUUUUUUUUUUUUUUUGAAAAUGUUCAUAAUGAAUGUUGUUCAAAGAGUGGUCUUGUUGUUCUUUAAUGUAGUGUUUUAUCUGUUGGUAAAUAUAAAUAAUAAUAUAGAGCAAUAAUUGCCAAAAAAUUAGAGCUGAAUAUUUUGAGACCUACUAAAAAUACAUGUGAUGCUAAACAUGUAAAUCAGCUUCUCAACAGGUUCAGAUUUCCUCAACCUGCAAAUGUAUCCAAUAAAGAACUGGAUAAAU